AUGAUGUUACCCAGCGCCGUUGCCAACCCUCAAGGUCUCUGGGAUUACGAAAGCAACGUGAAAGGUACCGGGGCUUUUGUGCUUGGUACUGUCUCGGAGAUGCAAGGCGUGGUGACAGCAAACAGUGUUCAACUACUCGUCACUGUCGGCUACUAUUUCUAUAACAGCGUGCUAACUAGCAUGCUCGCAUCGGCUGAGUACAGUUCCUACGGGACAGACCGGAAGCCACUUCGAGUCACUUGGCCCGUCAAGGGCAGCCAGCAACGCUCGACCUACUGGCUGAGCGUUCCCUAUAAAUACGGGAUCCCAGUCAUGAUUCUCUUCAUGGUCAUCCACUGCCCGGAUGAUCAGCCCCUAUAUGGAGAGAAGUUCAGCUCGCUCGGGGCCUCAGUCCUACCCAUGUUCAUUGCGGGUUUGGUUGGUCUGGUCCUGUUUAUAUUGUUGUUGUGUUUGGCUUUUCGGAGACUCAAGUCAACUAUACUAUUAGCGGGCUCCUGUAGUGCUGCUAUCAGCGCAGCCUGCCACCCGCCUGAGGACGUUUGUAACGCCACUGCAGCCCAUGGGGAGUUAUUAUGGGGAGAGACGAGCCUCCCAAGAGAUUGCGUUGACGAUCAGAGUGACGGAUGUGAUCUUCCAAGAGGACAUUGCAGCUUUACUCCCCUGGAUGCACGACAGCCUUCUUUGAACAAGUUUGGCUAG